UAGUUAAAUACUGAUGAGGAGCUGAUAUAGGUACGUAAGUAUAUGUAAAAAGCACGGCCCGCAAUUAAAUUUUGUUAUAGGUACUCAAGCAGAUGUACUCCGCUCAACCAACGUGUCUGAAAUUUCAUUAUUAAACUUCUUCAUUUUCUAUUUUUUUGCUUCUGUUCAAGGGUAGAUACUACGAGAAAAGCCUGCUCAUAACGAUGAUGACGUAUCGCUUCAUUUUUUACGCACUUACUGUCACCUAUCUUGUUUAUUAUUAUAAACCACAUAUUGCUGUUGAGGGUGUUGAAGAUAUUGACAUAUCUUCUGGCACCCUGCACGAGUUCGAAGAUUUGAUCGCCGACGACAUAAUCAGAGAAAAGGUGCUAUGUAAAUUCAAGGAGGAGAGGACGAAGAAAAAAAAGCUUGAAGAAAGAUUGUUUCCGUGGAUGUUUUUUUGUGCGAUCAACAUGGCAAGAUCUGAUAUUUACAUGAUAGAAUCGUACAAACAGAUCUUUUCACCAUUCGCGUACUUGACCAAGGGUCAAAGGAAGCUAAGGACAAAAAUUCAAAUGCCACUAGACAUCUAUCUGCUGAUGACGCAGAGUGACGGAUACUACGAUGAGAAAGCCUAUGAACAAAUGGGUUCGUGUAUAGAGCAAUUUAAGAACUUUUGUCUCAAACUAAUGAUUUCGGACGACACAUUCUUCAAGUCAUUGAAACAGGCAAUCAAACUAGAGUAUGGUGAAGCGAAUAUCAAUCAAACACUCGCCAAUUUCGCUGCCACUAUUGUGAGAGAUUACACUUUUUUUGGUAAGAUACACCGUCAAGGAUGGUACAACAUUUUGAAUAAGAUCGCGAAAGACCCGAAGAAGAAUUUUUUAGACCAUCUUGCUGAAGAGAACCCGAACUGGUAUCUGAAUAACACACAUAUCAAAAACUUGAACAUACUACGCGAAACUUAUUUUCCAGGACAAGUUUCCGAUAUAUUUGGGUAUCCUUGCACGAAUGGUGCGAGGAAACAAAUUAUGAUUCCUCUGUAUGAUAAGUGUGGCAUACAAAGAGGCUUCACGCUACCGACCUCGAGGAAUACUCCUGGAGUAAUGACUUAAGUUUAUAUGCGAUGUCAGUAAAGUGUUUUAAAACUACUUAUAGGUAAUGAAAUUUAAGGGUUGCAGAACAAUAGCCAAGAGUCCAAAAUGCUCGUACGUAAAUUAAUUUCACGAUAAAAUAUCAGUAACAGUACUUAAUAUAAGAUCACGAUAACCGAUAAUUAAUUACACUAGGUUGGUACAAAUUUUUUAAAAAUAAAUAAUAUCUCAUAAAUACUGUACCAAGCUGUUCUUUUUUCCACGGACAGUGAAUUUUUCAUUUUUCUUCAAGAAUAAUCAUUAAAGAAAAUUUUUG